AUGGCCGAUUCUCCCAAUUCCGUUACUCCAGAACGCCGAGUGAUAUGCUUGUCACGUCCCGCCACACGCUCAGCAGUCGCAGGACCGACGGCCGAUGAGAAACCCAGACAACACCACCCAUGCUUUUUCCCAACUCUUGCCCGGUUACGAACUCCCCUCUAUCCUCUGGUAUCCAGCACUACCGCCCUCGCACACCCAGAAUUCCCGGUCACUCUCCUUGCCUACCAUCUCCUGACUUCUCGACAACUAGACGAUCUUGCCAUCCAUUAUCAUCAAGUGUGGCCACCAGCUCCGGCGACCUCCUACUAUCCCGUGGUCAUUCCACCCUGGGUUGGUACAGAAAACGAAAAGGAUGUGGACGUGGAGACUAAGCGGCGGCGGUUCGGUCGAUUCAUCGGGCUCCAGCGUUGUGAGACCCCCGCCGAAGAAGAGGAAUCAUACUCCUGGGGAAUGGAACAAGGCACUGAGACAGAGCUGCUGGAGCUGAUGAACCAGGAGUGGAAUGAAAGUGGGAUGUCCUCACUAAUCGAUUCAACCAUGGGAGGCUUUUCAAAGUCCUGA